CGGCGGAGCGCAGCGCGCACGCUCAGAGCGCUCUGGCGGCCGCAGUGGUAGCGGCAGCUCCCUCGGGCGGCUUCUCCGCUCCGGCGCGUUCCCUGCUCCGGUUUCCUCCUUCCUCUCCGGCCCAGGCCCGGCCCGGGGCGCCCGCCGGCCCGGCCCCCGCCCCAGCCCUGCCGCCUGGCUCCAGGCCUGGCCGCGGCCGCUCCCGCCUGGAGCCGCCGCGCGCCCCCAGCUCCCCGGCGUCCCCCCAGCCCCUCGCUUUCCUCUUCCCGGCGCGGCCACCAGGUUUCCGCGUCCGGCCCGCCACCAACCCGCUCGCCACUAUGUCUGUGGAGCUCGAGGAGGCCCUGCCGCUGACGACCGCCGACGGAGCGGCCAAGAAGGCGGCCAAAGCUAGCGGCUCGGCGGCGCCGUCCCCAUCCAAGAAGAGGAAGAACAAGAAGAAGAACCAGCCGGGCAAGUACAGCCAGCUGGUGGUGGAGACCAUUCGCAGGCUGGGCGAGCGCAACGGCUCGUCGCUGGCCAAGAUCUACACGGAGGCCAAGAAGGUGCCGUGGUUCGACCAGCAGAAUGGGCGCACCUACCUGAAGUAUUCCAUCAAGGCCCUGGUGCAGAACGACACGCUCCUGCAGGUGAAGGGCACCGGCGCCAACGGCUCCUUCAAGCUCAACCGCAAGAAGGUGGAAGGCGGCGGCGAGCGGCGGGGAGCCUCGGCGGCCGCCCCCGCCCCGGCCGCCGCCGUGCACAAGGCCAAGAAGGCGGCCCCGGGCGCGGCGGCACCGCGGCGCGCGGACCCGAAGCCCGAGAAGCGCUCGCACAAGAAGGGCGCCGCCUCCAAGAAGCACAAAGGCGGCAAGGCGAAGAAGGCGGCGGCGGCGGCGGGCAAGGUGAAGAAGGCCGCCAAGCCCAGCGUCCCCAAAGUGCCGAAGGGCCGCAAGUGAGCGCGCCGGGCUGCCGGGCGGGCGGGCGUUCGGUUUUGUAUCCCAAGUGUAUGUAGUUUUAUACGGUUCCCUGGCCCAGGCCUUCGCGCCCGCUGAGCGCAGCGAGGGGCCCAGGGCCCCUCCGUCCCUCCCAUCCCCCGCCCAUCGUGGUAGUGUGUUGUUUUUUUGUUUAUUUGCUUUGGAUUUUGAAACGGCCCUGGCGUCGCCCCCAUUGGCUCCUCGCCCUUGGCAACGGCUGUCGCUAUGGUUACCCGCUCGUAGGCGCCACUGGCCGGAGCCACCGUGCAGCCCUUCUGUCUCCCCACUCUUCCCGCCUUUCGGUGCGCGACAAACAAUCGCGCGGUACUGCGUGGCGCUUCCCUCCAUCCCGUCAGCAUUUGGGGGCACAAUAAAUUGUUUAAACCUUU